AGGUUUAAUCAUUAUGUGAAGUUUCCUAUGCUGAUUGGUUCAGCUCUAACCAGGAUGUGUUGUUUGUGUGUUACAGGAGGCACCAGGGACAUUGGUUCAGCUCUAACCAGGAUGUGUUGUUUGUGUGUUACAGGAGGCACCAGGGACAUUGGUUCAGCUCUAACCAGGAUGUGUUGUUUGUGUGUUACAGGAGGCACCAGGGACAUUGGUUCAGCUCUAACCAGGAUGUGUUGUUUGUGUGUUACAGGAGGCACCAGGGACAUUGGUUCAGCUCUAACCAGGAUGUGUUGUUUGUGUGUUACAGGAGGCACCAGGGACAUUGGUUCAGCUCUAACCAGGAUGUGUAUGAGACACAGAAGCAUCGAGGCCAAGCUCAGAGACUUUUCAAUGGCUUUCAUGGACUGCAUGAUCAACCCUCUACAGGAUCAGAUGGAGGAGUGGAAGAGAGGAACCAACACUCUGGAUAAGGACCAUGCUAAAGAGUACAAGAAAGUUCGGAGUGAGAUCAAGAAGAAGUCUUUAGACACUCUGAAGCUACAGAAGAAGGCAAAGAAAGGUCGAGGAGACGUCCAGCCCCAGCUGAACAGUGCCAUGCAGGACGUCAGUGAUAAAUACCUGCUGCUGGAGGAGACGGAGAAACAGGCCGUCAGGAAGGCCCUCGUCGAGGAGAGGAGCAGGUUAUGCACCUUCGUCUCCAUGCUACGACCUGUCGUGGAUGAGGAGAUCUCCAUGCUAGGAGAGGUCACCCACCUCCAGACCAUAUCUGACGACCUCAAGAUGCUGACCAUGGACCCUCACAAGCUGCCCCCCGCCAGCGAACAGGUGAUUCUGGAUCUGAAGGGCUCUGACUAUAACUGGUCCUAUCAGACUCCUCCCUCCUCCCCCAGCACCACUAGGUCCAGGAAGUCCAGUAUGUGCAGCAGUCUGAACAGCGUAAACAGUAGUGACUCUCGCUCCAGCGGCACAUCCCACUCUCACUCCCCCUCCUCCUCCUCCUGCUCCUCCCACUACGGCUACCGUAGCUCCACCCUGCCCCAGCAGGCCGCGGCACGACUGUCCUCCAUGUCCUCCCACGACUCAGGAUUCAUCUCCCAGCCAGACACCUCCAAGUCACCAUCACCCAUGCCCCAGGAGACACUACCGCAGCCUUGCUCCAGCUCUGGCUCGUCUGAGGCCUCUGAGACCUGCCAGUCAGUCAGUGAGUGCAGCUCUCCCACCUCUGGAGGGCCUCUGGCUGCAGUUGACAAGUUGUCUAACGGGUAUGACCACUACGGGGAUCACCAUCAUUCAGACUCUUCAUACCUGAUGGGAGGGGGCUCAGGCCUGGUGGGUUCCUACCCCCUCUUCCCUCCCUCCUCCCAUUCGUCCUCCAUCACCUCCUCCUCCUGUCCGUCCCAGUCGUGGUCCAGGCCGUGCUCGGUCCUGCUACCUGACUACCCUCAUUACUGCACCCUGGGGCCUAACAUGGUCCCCACCUCUAAAGUCCCCAGCUGGAAGGACUGGGCUAAGCCAGGACCCUAUGACCAGCCCAUGGUAAACACCCUUAGAAGGAGGAAGGACAAGGAUCUUGUACCAGCAGACACCAGCUAUGCCCCACUACCACUACCUGCUGGAGUCAUCCCAGCACCAGGGGCCAGGAGUCUACCACUACCUGCGGGAGUCAUCCCAGCACCAGGGGGCAGGAUUCUACCACUACCUGCUGGAGUCAUCCCAGCACCAGGGGGCAGGCGUCUACCACUACCUGCUGGAGUCAUCCCAGCACCAGGGGGCAGGAGUCAACCAUUACCUCCAUCACCCAAGGUGUGUGAGAUGGAGGCCCAUGAGGAGCUGGCCCUGGCCCUGUCCAGAGGUCUACAGCUGGACUCACAGACACAGCGUUCCAAUAGGGACUCUCUACACUGUUCUAGUGGCUACAGUACCCAGAGUACCACCCCAUGCUGUUCAGAGGACACCAUACCCUCACAAGUGUCAGACUACGACUAUUUCUCCAUGGGAGGGGACCAGGAGGUUGACCAGCAGGAGUUUGACAAGUCAUCCACCAUCCCCCGUAACAGUGACAUCAGCCAGUCCUACCGUAGGAUGUUCCAGUCCAAGAGACCAGCCUCCACCGCCGGCCUACCUUCUACGGCUGGCUCCGUCAUCAUGACCCCUGGGGUCGCCACCAUCCGCCGCACGCCCUCCACCAAGCCCUCAGCCCGCCGCGGGACCACCGGCCCCAUCCCCAUCCGGACCCCCGUGAUCCCAGUCAAGAUCCCCACCGUGCCUGGACUAGUUGGGGGAGGAUUCCCUGGGGGACUGGGGCUUCCUGGAGGACCAGGAGUAGGGGCAGAGGAACCAGAGGAGGCCCAGAGCCCUGAGUCUCCAGCCCAGGGAGAGGAGGGGGAGCUGGGUGUACUUCCCCUGGCGUUCUGGAGUGGUCAAGCAACCACCAACCCUCCCCUGGCCCCUCACCAGCCUGGGGUCCAGUGUCAAGGCGAGGGGGGGUCCCUGGAGGAUGGGGAGGUUAUGGAUGGUCAGGGGAGAAACAUGCUGCUGGUUAUCCAGAGAGGGGUCAAGCUGAAGAGGACCAAUACCAACGAUCGCUCAGCACCGCGCAUCGUAUAAGAGGAGAGCCACCGUGGCACCAUGCAGCAUCAGAGGAGGGUAUCCUGCCUAGCUGUACCUAGCUAGCCUACCGCCUGCCCACUGACAGACAGGACAGAACUCAUGUCCACUGCGCUAAGGGGGGUCUCCUGUAUACUACUUACCGUCCAGCUGCCUCACUGACAGACAGGAGAGAACUCAUGUCCACUGCGCUAAGGGGGGUCUCCUGUAUACUACUUACCGUCCGGCUGCCUCACUGACAGACAGGACAGGACAGAACUCAUGUCCACUGCGCUAAGGGCGGUCUCCUGUAUACUACUUACCGUCCAGCUGCCUCACUGACAGACAGGACAGAACAGAACUCAUGUCCACUGCGCUAAGGGGGGUCUCCUGUAUACUACUUACCGUCCAGCUGCCUCGCUGACAGACAGGACAGAACUCAUGUCCAUUCCAAGUGAUGCUGUGUGUGGUGACAGACAGGACAGAACUCAUGUCCAUUCCAAGUGAUGCUGUGUGUGGUGACAGACAGGACAGAACUCAUGUCCAUUCCAAGUGAUGCUGUGUGUGGUGACAGACAGGACAGAACUCAUGUCCAUUCCAAGUGAUGCUGUGUGUGGUGACAGACAGAGCUCUGCUCGUCUUCUCAGACGGUGCAGAAGGUGGUCUCUUGUUGGACAGACAGUGGAGCAGCACAGAGUUGUGUUAAUUAUGUUAUCUUUUAGUUCUGAAUAUGUAAAUAAUUAUGCAUGGUAUUUUCUCUUUGUUGCUUCCUGGGGCCCUGUUCUGUUGACUCUAGUCCUCCCACCCCCAUUCCUCCCCUCCUCAGUUCUGUUGACUCUAGUCCUCCCACCCCCAUUCCUCCCCUCCUCAGUUCUGUUGACUCUAGUCCUCCCACCCCCAUUCCUCCCCACCUCAGUUCUGUUGACUCUAGUCCUCCCACCCCCAUUCCUCCCCUCCUCAGUUCUGUUGACUCUAGUCCUCCCACCUCCAUUCCUCCCCUCCUCAGUUCUGUUGACUCUAGUCCUCCCACCCCCAUUCCUCCCCACCUCAGUUCUGUUGACUCUUGUCCUCCCACCCCCAUUCCUCCCCUCCUCAGUUCUGUUGACUCUAGUCCUCCCACCCCCAUUCCUCCCCUCCUCAGUUCUGUUGACUCUAGUCCUCCCACCCCCAUUCCUCUCCACCUCAGUUCUGUUGACUCUAGUCCUCCCACCCCAUUCCUCCCCUCCUCAGUUCUGUUGACUCUAGUCCUCCCACCUCCAUUCCUCCCUCCUCAGUUCUGUUGACUCUAGUCCUCCCACCCCAUUCCUCCCCUCCUCAGUUCUGUUGACUCUAGUCCUCCCACCCCCAUUCCUCCCCUCCUCAGUUCUGUUGACUCUAGUCCUCCCACCUCCAUUCCUCCCCUCCUCAGUUCUGUUGACUCUAGUCCUCCCACCCCCAUUCCUCCCCACCUCAGUUCUGUUGACUCUAGUCCUCCCACCCCCAUUCCUCCCUCCUCAGUUCUGUUGACUCUAGUCCUCCCACCUCCAUUCCUCCCCUCCUCAGUUCUGUUGACUCUAGUCCUCCCACCUCCAUACCUCCCCUCCUCAGUUCUGUUGACUCUAGUCCUCCCACCUCCAUUCCUCCCCUCCUCAGUUCUGUUGACUCUAGUCCUCCCACCUCCAUACCUCCCCUCCUCAGUUCUGUUGACUCUAGUCCUCCCACCUCCAUUCCUCCCUCCUCAGUUCUGUUGACUCUAGUCCUCCCACCCCCAUUCCUCUCCACCUCAGUUCUGUUGACUCUAGUCCUCCCACCCCCAUUCCUCCCCUCCUCAGUUCUGUUGACUCUAGUCCUCCCACCCCAUUCCUCCCCUCCUCAGUUCUGUUGACUCUAGUCCUCCCACCUCCAUUCCUCCCUCCUCAGUUCUGUUGACUCUAGUCCUCCCACCCCAUUCCUCCCCUCCUCAGUUCUGUUGACUCUAGUCCUCCCACCCCCAUUCCUCCCCUCCUCAGUUCUGUUGACUCUAGUCCUCCCACCUCCAUUCCUCCCCUCCUCAGUUCUGUUGACUCUAGUCCUCCCACCCCCAUUCCUCCCCACCUCAGUUCUGUUGACUCUAGUCCUCCCACCCCCAUUCCUCCCCUCCUCAGUUCUGUUGACUCUAGUCCUCCCACCCCCAUUCCUCCCUCCUCAGUUCUGUUGACUCUAGUCCUCCCACCUCCAUUCCUCCCCUCCUCAGUUCUGUUGACUCUAGUCCUCCCACCUCCAUACCUCCCCUCCUCAGUUCUGUUGACUCUAGUCCUCCCACCUCCAUUCCUCCCCUCCUCAGUUCUGUUGACUCUAGUCCUCCCACCCCCAUUCCUCCCCUCCUCAGUUCUGUUGACUCUAGUCCUCCCACCUCCAUACCUCCCCUCCUCAGUUCUGUUGACUCUAGUCCUCCCACCUCCAUUCCUCCCCUCCUCAGUUCUGUUGACUAGUCCUCUCACCCCCAUUCCUCCCCUCCUCAGUUCCAAGGUGCCAAAUGAUUUGAAGCUAUUGAAAGGACUGUUUUAGAUUUAUUGUGAAGAUUGUGUCAUCUUAGUGACACAACUAUCAGGGGCACCAAGCUGUUUGGUAUGUAAACCGAUUUCAUGUUUCAUAUUUUCAGAUCUACAAUCCACAGCAGCUGUUGUAGUCGGGUUUAUGUUAUGCUCAGUAUUUCAACUGUUUCUAAUAGCAUGUGUUUUGCCAGUUAAUCAAUAAUCUCUUGGUAACAACUUACUUUUUACAUUACGCUGUACAUUUCACCGUUUCAAAAUAUGUGUCAUGAUGGAACUGAUAAAACUGUCAUUAUUCACCAAUACAGACAAUAACACUAUGUAUAAGAAAGGGACAGUCCCUUCAUUAUGGGGAGCGUGAAAGGUGUACACGGUUUAAAUGGUUUUGACUAGAAGAGAAAUAAAGGUUUGCGUUUGAUUAUGUCA